UAACUAACAAAAACAAGUACUAUAAUUGUCUUUAAUGGUGAGUCGUGGGCACAUCCCUUACCAGAACAUAAAUAACAUGUGUUGGGUUGGAUUCCCCUUUUUCUUUCCCGUAUUCAAAUAAAACAAACCCACUUCAAGUCUGUAUUUUUGAUGUCACCGUGUCACUCUCUCCAUGUCUCUCGAUAGCUGCAAACAUUUGCGGACCACUGACACAGUAAUGCUCCUUAGUCCUUCUCCUGUUGUGUCUAUUAUUGUGUAUAUAGGAAUCGCCUUUCUUUUUUUGCAUUUAAAGCUGUUGCCUUUAAUUUCAUAGGGUGUACAUUAGCCGUCAGAUUUCAAUUUCUUUUAUUUGCGUGAAAAAGGGAAUAGUUUUGAGUUAAUUGAAGUAACAGGUUUUUUUUUUUUAAAAAGAUCUUCAUUGGAAUAUGAUUUGAAUGGAUAGUUGCUGGAGGUGUAAAGAUGAGUGAAAGUGGAACUAGUCAAAGGAAGAAGCGAAAGCGUUUAAUUCCGGUGGUGGAGGAAGUAGGUAAAGAUGGGGAUCAGCAAAUUAAAGCUGGUGAUGGGAAUAGUGGUGACCAAGGAGAUCAAAGUUGGCUCGGUGUAGGUGGUGGUGGUGGGGGUGUUGAGAGUGUUUUGCAGUGGUUUGGCGAAGAUGGUGUGAAUGGAGGAGGUGAAGGUUUUAAGCUUUGGGGUGUUGGAAAUGAAGGUGGGUUUGGGCUUGGGAUGGAUGGGUCUGGUGAAGGUGGUGCUGGAUUUGGUGAUGAUGGUGUGUUUGGGGGUGUGGGUGGGUCUGGUGGGGUUGCAUUUGGUGGAAUGGGUCUCGCAGAUGGUCUAAUGGAAGGCUUAUUUGGUGGAGUUUGUGAACCAAACAAGGGUUUCAUCAAUGUUGGUGGUGAAGUAAGCCAGUUGUUUGCCGGUGAAGCUGAGUGUAGCAAUGUGGGUGGUAAUGGUAUUCAGGGGUUUCUUGAUGAAACCCUUGUUGCUGGUCUGGGAAAUGAAGGCAAGCAGGCUAAGGGUAAGCGUGGUAGGCCAAAGGGUUCAAAGAAAAACAACAACAACAACAAGAAAACUAUUGGUGGUGAACAUAUUAUUGAAGGGUUAAGUGAUAAUAAGGUUGAAAUGGAAGAUCCCCUUAAGCCUAAACGUGGUCGGCCAAAGGGUACAAUGAAGAAGAAGAAGAGGAAGAAAACUAUUGAUGGUGAACAGAGUAUUGAAGUGUUAAGUGAUGUCAGGGUUGAAAUGGAAGAUCCCCUUAAGCCUAAACGUGGUCGGCCAAAGGGUUCAACGAAGAAGAAGAAGAAAACUAUUGGUGAUGAACAGAGUAUUGAAGGGUUAAGUGAUAGCAAGGUUGAAAUGGAAGAUCCCCUUAAGCCUAAACGUGGUCGGCCAAAGGGUACAAUGAAGAAGAAGAAGAAGAAGAAGAAAACUAUUGGUAGUGAACAUUGUAUUGUAGGGUUAAGUGAUAGCAGGGUUGAAAUGGAAAACCCCCUUAAGCCUAAACGUGGUCGGCCAAAGGGUUCAACGAAGAAGAAGAAGAAGAAAACUAUUGGUGGUGAACAAAGUAUUGAAGGGUUAAGUGAUAGCAAGGUUGAAAUGGAAGAUCCCCUUAAGCCUAAACGUGGUCGGCCAAAGGGUACAAUGAACAAGAAGAAGAAGAAAACUAUUGGUGGUGAGCAGAGUAUUGAAGUGUUUAGUAAUAGCAUGGUUGAAAUGGAAGAUCCCCUUAAAGCCAAGCCUAAACGUGGUCGGCCAAAGGGUUCAAAGAAUAAACAGAAAAAGCUUGCUAGUGGAGUUGGGGCUGAUGACAAGGUUGGAAAUGAGAUUGUUUGUGUGAUGGAGAAGCAAGGUCUUGCAAUGGGUACUAGUGGUGACAAUGUGCAGUUGAACAGUAGGAAUGGUAAGCCAAAGGUUUCUAAAAAUGAGAAGGAAAUCAUUGUUGAAGAAAACCAAGAUAUGUCUGGUGAAAUUGGGGGUGGUGAAGGUGCAGAUGGCAUUCAUAAGAGAGAUAAUGUUGUUCAACCAAAGAGAAAAGUGGGCCGGGGCCGGCCAAAGGGUUCAAAGAAUAAGCCGAAAAGUAGUGAUGAGAAACUUGGACUGUCAAGUGAACAGCAGACCUUUCCGGUUGACAUUGUAGGGGGUUAUUUUGUUGAUAGAGGAUUUGGUUUAGUGAGGACUCCCCUUGUAAGGGAGGAAGAUAUGGUAAUGCCUGUUGAAGCUGUUACUUGUGGGGAUGCUAUUGGCAAGAAGAUUGAUGGUCGAAGGUGGAAUCGUGGCCGACCCAAAGGUUCAAAGAAUAAGAGAAAACGUCCAUAUUUCUUGAUGAAAAAGAGUUGUAGCAUUAAGUCUCAGGCUGAGAGAAAACGGUUUGUAGGAAAUACUUUGAAGAUGAACAAGGGUAUUUCAAGUAAGCAUCUUCGAGACAAUUUAGGCAUGCGGAAGAAAGUGUUAACAGCUGGUGUUCGAGGCCAUUUAAACAAGAGAAGAAAUGUAUUAACAGCUAAUUUUGGCAAUGCUCAAAGGAAGAGUAGAACGAGGAAAAAGAAUUCUAGCAGUCAAUCAGAAAGUUCAGAUUCAACACUUGAUUAUGCAAGCCAGAAGAGAGUGAAGAGGGCUUUCAAGAGGGGUUUUAUGUGCCACCAGUGCUGGAAGAGUGACAAGAGUGUUGUCAAUUGUUCCAGUUGCAACAGAAAACGAUAUUGCGUUGAGUGCCUUGCAAAAUGGUAUCCGGAGAAAACAAGAGAGGAUGUAGAAGUUUCUUGUCCAUUUUGUCGAGGCAAUUGUAAUUGCAGAUUAUGCCUCAGAGAGAAGUUAGCUGUCAUGGAUGAGCAUGAGGUAGCAGAUACAAAUAUUAAACUGCAGAAGUUGCUUUAUUUGCUACAUGAAAUUCUGCCUCUGCUUCGACAUAUACAACAGGAGCAACAUGCUGAACUAGAGGUGGAAGCCAGUAUACAUGGUGUGCAAUUGACAGAACAGGACAUAAUGGUAUCAGUGAUAGAUGAUGAUGAUCGAGUGUAUUGUGACAAUUGCAAUACAUCCAUUGUCAAUUUCCAUAGAAGCUGCCCUGAUUGUUUAUAUGAUCUAUGUAUCACAUGCUGUCAUGAACUUAGAAAAGGGUCUCAGCCUGGAGGGAAUGAAGCAAAAUCUUCUCACCAGCUGUCUGCUAAAAGAGUAAAUAGUCGAGCUAUGGGUUCAGAUGACCAGAUUCCUGCAGUGGCAGCAAGAAAUGAUUGGAGAGCUGAGGAAGAUGGUAGGAUUCCUUGUCCUCCAAAUGGAAAGGGUGGUUGUGGUCGUGAGACACUUUCACUGAGACGCUUAUUUGAAACUAAUUCAGUUGAGCAACUGAUUCAGAGUGCUGAGGAGCUCACCAUUAAUUUUCAGUUACCUGAUAUCGAGUUUUCUCAAGGCUGUUCUUUGUGUCAAACCAGCUGCUCUGCAGGAAAUGAAGCAAAAAACUUUGAAGUAAGGCAGGCAGCUCAUAGAGAGAAAAGUCAUGACAAUUUUGUGUACUGCCCGAAUGUAAUGCAGUUGGAAGACAAUAGCAUUCAGCAUUUUCAAACUCAUUGGAUGCGAGGUGAACCUGUUAUUGUUAGAAAUGUCCUUGAAAAAAGUUCUGGUCUUAGUUGGGAACCAUUGGUUAUGUGGAGAGCUUUUAUAGGUGCAAAAAAGAUAUUAAAAGAGGAGGCUAAGAGGGUUAAAGCAAUUGAUUGCUUGGACUGGUGUGAGGUUGAAGUAAAUAUUCUUCGGUUCUUCAAAGGCUACAUGGAGGGUCGGUGGUACAAGAAUGGAUGGCCGGAGAUGUUGAAGUUGAAGGAUUGGCCUGCUACAAAUUCAUUUGAAGAGUGUUUGCCAAGGCAUGCUGCUGAAUUUAUUGCUAUGCUUCCUUUUAAAGAUUAUACUCAUCCAAAUUCCGGAAUCCUGAAUCUUGCUACUAAACUUCCUGCUGUGUUGAAGCCGGAUUUGGGACCAAAAACGUACAUUGCUUAUGGAUCUUUGAAAGAACUUGGCCGAGGUGAUUCGGUGACAAAACUACAUUGUGACAUUUCUGAUGCGGUUAAUGUGCUAACUCACACAACCAAUGUGAAUCUGCCAUGGCAGAGCAAAAUCAUAGAUGAAUUGCAGAAGGCAUAUGAUGCUGAAAACUUGCAUACACGCUGUUGUGGUCAGAGACGGAAGGUGCCACAGAUAUUUGGAAGAAAGCGGAAAAAGAGACGUCAUAAAGAUGAAAGAAAGAAUCCUGAAAUGAUGUGUAAUCAAGAACAUAAUGACAACAUUGUGGGAAAAACGCAUAAUUCCGAUGAGGAAAGUUCUCUUAAUGGAAUUGAUUUAGGGUCUGUAAGACUUGAUACAAAUAUGAUUAGAGAGUCUGUUACAGAAAACCUGUGUUCAGAGAAUGAACUCGGUGGUGCUGUUUGGGAUAUUUUCCGGAGGGAGGAUGUACCCAAGUUAAUUGAGUACUUACAGAAGCAUCACAAAGAAUUCUAUCACAUUAGUAAUCUUCCCGUGAAUUUUGUUAUUCAUCCUAUUCAUGAUCAGACCCUUUAUCUCACUGAAAGACAUAAAAGGCAGCUGAAGGAGGAGUUCAAUGUUGAACCUUGGACAUUUGAGCAACAUGUUGGUGAAGCUGUUUUCAUUCCCGCGGGAUGCCCUCAUCAAGUAAGAAAUAGACAGUCAUGCAUUAAAGUAGCCCUUGAUUUUGUGUCCCCUGAAAAUGUGCAAGAGUGUAUAAGAUUGACGGAGGAGUUUCGCUUGCUUCCAAAAAGCCAUAGAGCUAAGGAAGAUAAACUGGAGGUAAAGAAGAUGGCGGUAUAUGCAGCAACCCUUGCAGUAAGUGAGGCCAAAGAUCUGAGUACAAAACUCAAGUAAGGUCAUGUUUGCUCUUCAUUCACCUCUUAUAUCCUACCGUGAUUGUGUAGUUUUUGUAAAGAAUGUGCUUUGCGAUAGUUGUUAGAUGACCUGUUUAAGUAGUAGCAGCUACGCUGAAGUAGCUAGCCAGCUCAAAUGAAUGUGUUUUUGACUCGAGUAAGUUCACCAUAUCUUUACUUAGCACUUAGCAUGGAAGCUUCACCAUCUGCAAAAAUACGCAGAUUCCUUAGAGAGCUUCCUUUUAACUACUAGAGGGAAUUUUCAGUAUCUGAUAAAAUUUAAGAUUCCUUGAA